AUGGAUGGCGGUGAUAGCAAUGACUCGGCUCUCUCAUUACUGGAUGAGAAACGAGAGAAGCAUUUGAUUCGCAAGAUUGACCUACAUAUCAUUCCUUUUGUCGUUCUUUUAUAUCUGUUUAGCUUUCUUGAUAGAGUCAACAUUGGCAAUGCCCGUCUAUAUGGGAUGGAAGAAGAUCUGGGCCUGGUCGGAGAUCAAUACCAGAUUGCAGUAUCUAUUCUGUUUGUAACUUACUGUCUCUUCGAAGUGCCGUCAAACUUGGUUAUCAAGAAGCUCAGGCCAUCACGCUACAUUGCGUCGAUAUCGGUUAUUUGGGGCAUCAUAGCGACUCUCACUGGAAUAACCCAGAAUUAUGGAGGCCUCAUCGCUUGUCGCAUCCUUCUAGGCGUCGUGGAAGCCGGACUGUUUCCUGGAAUGGUUACCUAUCUCACUAUUUUCUAUAGCAAGCGUGAAAUAGCAUUGCGCACAGGCUACCUAUUCAGCAGUGCGGCCGCUGCCGGCGCAUUUGGCGGACUUCUAGCUUACGGCAUCGGCUUCAUGGACGGCGUCGCCGGUCUACGAGGUUGGAGAUGGAUCAUGAUCAUAGAAGGCAUUCCAACCGUCAUACUCGGCGGCCUAUCCUGGUUCUUUCUUGCGGAUGACCUCGAUACAGCCUAUUACCUGGAUGAUGAGGAGAAGGCCCUAGUGGUUCGACUCCGUCGUCGCGACGUGGGCCAAACAUCGUCCGCCCAAAAAUUCCACUGGGCAGACGUCAAAGAAGGUGCACUGGACUGGAGAAUUUACGCCUUCUGCAUUGCUCAAUUUGGUGUCGACACUAUGCUAUACGGGUACAGCACCUUCCUCCCAACCAUUAUCCAGGGUAUGGGGUCAUGGACAACUCCCGAAGUGCAAGCUCUUACGAUUCCUUGCUAUGCGGUGGGCGCAAUAAGUUAUCUGAUAAUUGCUUGGGCGAGCGAUAGAAUUCAGCGUCGCGGAGUUUUUACUUGCAUCUUUGCGGCAAUAUCAGUGGUUGGCUAUGGAAUCCUGAUAUCGGAUUCUUCGUCAGGAGUACACUACUUCGGCGCCUUGCUUAUUGCCUUAGGAUUAUAUGUGGCUGUCGGAUUACCUCUCGCAUGGCUCCCGACCACUCUUCCUCGUUAUGGAAAGCGUACAUUCGCCACGGGGCUGCAACUGACUUUCGGCAACGUCAGCGGCGUCAUGUCUCCUUUCUUAUACAAGACGAAUGAAGCACCGCGUUAUGUUCGGGGCAAUGCAGUGACUCUGUCGCUGGUUGGAUUUGCCGGUGUUGUGUAUGGUCUUAUGUGGUGGUACUAUCAUGGGAAGAAUAAGCGCAGAGAACAGGGACUGGAAGAUGAAAAGAUUGUAGGGAUGUCAGAAGAAGAAAUUGAGGAAAUGGGAGACAGAAAUCCUCGUUGGAGGGCCUGGAUUCAAAGCCCAUGUAUAGAGCAACAUAAUGACUGGAAUCUUUACCAACACCUUGGCGGAUAUGGGCCCUGGGUCGAGAAAACUGCCGAAGACGAUGAAAUACAGGGGAAUGACGUACCGGACAGUUGCACAGUCGACCAGAUACACAUGAUGUCGCGUCAUGCGGCGAGGUAUCCAACCAGGUCUGCAGGAAACCGCCAUCUUGCCCUUUUGGAUAGAAUCCAUAAAGCAGGGAUUCCGCUGAACGGCUCAUUGUCAUUCCUGAACAACUGGACCUACAUCACCAGUAAUCCAGAACGAGACUUCGAGCAAUUGACCACAACCGGUCCAUACGCUGGCACUCAUCAGGCCUUCGAGACUGGAGUCCGAUUCGCAGCCCAUUACGGACACCUCAUCCCUUCUGAUGCGAACACAAAGUUCUGGGCAAGUGAUUCCAAGCGCGUCAUCGAAACAGCCCAACACUUUGCCUCGGGGUUAUUUGGGUCUGACUGGGAAAAGGUCGGAAAGGCCGCUCUAGAGAUCAUCCCGGAGACAUUUGAUCGCCGCGCAGAUACGCUCACACCGGGAGAUACCUGUCUAAAAUAUCUAGAAGACGAAGUUCGCGGCCAUGACAACGGCAUCAACAUGCUCACUUUGUUUCAGCAAGCGUAUAUCCCGGCUAUUGCGGAGCGACUGCUCGUUGAGGAGGGCAACCGUGAGCUUGAGGGUUUCACCAACUGGGAGAUCUUCAGCAUGCAGGAAAUGUGUGGUUUUGAAACGACUGUACGGGGCUCGAGUCCCUGGUGCGAUGUCUUCACGCGCGAAGAUUGGAAGAAUUUUGAAUACGGACGUGAUUUGGUGCAUUACUAUCGCGGAGGCCCUGGAAAUCCUUACGCGGGCGCAAUGGGCUGGCUUUGGCUGAAUGCCACAGCGAAUCUUUUGCGAGAGGGGCCCAAGGCGGGUUCAAUGUUCUUCAGCUUUGUCCACGACGGGGAUAUAGCGCCUUUCUUGACUGCGCUAGACAUAAUGAAAGACGCAAAGUACGACCCAUUUCUUCCUGUCACACAUCGGGCAGAAGACCGCAUUUGGUAUACCUCAACUGUGAUGCCAAUGGGCGGUCGGGUCACGCUCGAACGGAUGACCUGUUCGCCAACAGAUCCUGUCCACAGCAUGAACGAGACAUUUCUCCGGAUCGACAUCAACGGCAAGAUUGUGCCGCUGCCAUACUGUAAGUCUGGACCUGACUUGUCUUGUCCGUUAAUGGAGUUCAUCGGUCAUGUGGAUAGAAGAAGGAUUGAAGUAGGAGAGUUCGGGGAUGUAUGUGGUUUGGAUGGUGAUAGUAAGUCUUACACCAUUUCGUCCUUUCCCCCAAAACAACUUCAACUCAAUCUCACCCAUCGUCUUUCCAGUGAAUCUCGCAACCCUCGUCGACCCCCCGAAGAAUCUGGCCCAUUUGGCAAGCGCAGAAACGCCCGCUAUGAACACACCCGAUCUCGCACACGCACCGGCACACCGGCAGCGAAGCGCGAAAACCCCAAUGUAGCAGAAUUCGGGCGUCUAUUCGCCCAACAACAAGAAGAGGAGAAAGCGCGCAGCAACACCCUGCCCAAGUCAUCCUCCGCUUCCAACCUCGACAACGCCCGGAAGCAGCAGACAGAGAAAGUCGCAACCGAGUGCAUACUAUACGGUUACAAGAGCAAGGACUUCGAAUGGAAAGUGAUAGACAAGUACGAGCGGAUCUCUCGCGGGUUCAUCUGUGAGGACUAUCCGCGGACCGACCCCAAUGCUUUGAACGGGUAUUCGCAGCUCCUGAGCGGCGGUGAUGUGGUCAUCCGGGCGAACUUAUCAGCGGACGCGAAUCGCAAAUCGAAGCGCUAUGCGGGCGGAUUUCACUGGAUUAAAGUCACAUUUGAUUCGACGACAGCCGCCGAUCGCGCGUGCUUCUACUCUCCGCAGGAAAUCGAUGGCCAUUUGGUCUUUUGUGAGCUGUAUCAUGGCCAGGGACCUGCGGAGGAUGCCCCUAUCGUACAAGGAUCUACGGAGGCAACUCGUCUCCAGUCGAAGGCGGCGCCUCGCACUUUGACUUCGUCGCAUUCGACGAGUUUCCUCCAACCGAAGGACACAGCCACCAAGGAACGCCAUACACUGCCGAGAUCUUUCGCCUCGAAUAACCUGUCCAGUAUCCUCGACGCCCAUGAAGAAGAGUCCCAGGAAUCAUCAUCGACCCCCACCGCUAGCUCCGCAACAGCCACCGCCAUCGAGCAACCAGCACCCCUGCAGCAGCGCACAGUCGUCAAGGAGCCCAAGCCCGAAUCAGACUUCAUGACGCAUAUCCCGACGGUGCGUCGGACGAAGCUCCGACCCAUUACAGAAGCCCUUCCCCCUCAGCCUACGGUUACAGAGCGAGUGCUGCGCUCCAUCCCUAUUCUCAGCUGGUUCACAGGUGACAUUGUGGGCGAUGGACCUCAACUCCGCGAAGACGGGACAUUCGAUUUCGACAAGUCGAACACCUACUGGAAAUUCUGGUACAUGGUUGAUAGAGUCCUGGGGACAGAUAUCUGUGGACUGAAGGAGGAGGCAUGA